CGAAUUUGUUCUAAUUGUAUAUAUUUACACACUAACAUUCACAAUGUUUGACAUCGAAAAAAAAAAUUUCAUGUCAUGAAUAAAAAACAUGAUAAAACCAAUCAAUUGAUUGAUUGAUCGAUCGAUCGAUCGACAAACAAAUCCAUCCAUCAAUUAAUUCAAUUAUAUCUGUAAUUCAAAGUCGAAAUUUGUUGUUCAAUUUCAUCAAAUUGUUAUGAAUUUUCUUUUUCUUUUUUUGUUUCUCUCGAAUCGAUUGUGCCGCGUGUUUUUUUUCUCCUCAUCAUCAUCAAAACAACAACAAAACAAACGGCCAUACAACUUAUACAACCACAACAUUCAAGUAUUGGAAAUAAUGAACUUUGUAACAAUUUCUGUGAUUGGAAAAAUUUCUUGUCUACUUGUCUAUACAUCUGCCGUUUGAUGUUUUUGUUUUUUUUUUUUGUUUUGUUUUGUUUUGUUGGCUUCAAUUUUCCUUCAAACGGUGAAUAUCAUUUAUUGAUGGUCGACAAACUAAAAUAACAAAUGAUGAUAAUAUCAUCAUUGCACCUGUAAAAAUUGUGGCCAAUCAUGAUUGUGUGUGUAUAUGACAUACAACACAUUGAAUACAAACAGCAAAAAUCGAAAAAAAACUAGUCCAUUUCAUUACAUUCAGACACAUUUGAAGCAAUGGCCAAUCGGUUUGUAUCUAGUGAAAAAAAAAUUCAACAUUGCCAUUUUGAAAUUUAAACAUCCAUUCAAAAAAAGAUUACAUUAUAAUCAUCAUCAUCAAAAUCAAAUACGGAUCCAGUGAUGACACAAACACAGCAACAAAAAAAAAAUCACCUUCGGCUAAAUCUCAUCAUCAUCAUCAUUUGUUAGUUUGAAUAUUUGGACAUUUCAUGGUCAUCAACAUCAACAUCAUCAUCAUCGCAAGCAGAAGCAGCAACAAAAUUUUCAUCUUUCGAUGUCAAUGUGUGUGUGUGUAUGUGUAUGUGUACUUGAUGCAAAAAAAAAAAAUUUCUUAUUGAUACAACCAACCAAUAUCAAUACCUGUGUCCAAGUUUUGGUGUUUGUUGUAAUUCGAAAUACAACCUGGCCUGAUCAACAUUUUACCACACACACACACACAGGACAUGUCAUUGAAAUGAAUACAUUAUAAUUUUUUUGGUUUCUCAUCAUCGUCAUCAAAAAAACUGUAUAUGUAUGUGUAACGCAAACAUCCGUGUCUGCUCUCCUUUUUUUUCCACCUCUUCAUCAUCAUCGACUACAUUUUUGCCAUAUUUGUUUAUGUUUUUUUUUCAUUUUCCACCUAUUAAUAGUUCUUGUCAAUCAAAAAAAAAAAAAAAAUUUCGACACAAGCAACAAGUGUUCCUCAAUAUCUCUCAGUGUGUUUUUGUUGUUGACACACACACAGAGUAUGCGGUUUCGUGAUCAGAUCAUCGUAUGUGACAACUGAAAAUCCGGCUUUUUUCUCUCUCUCUCUCAAAUGAUUCUAGUCAACGAAAAUUUGACUAUUUGUAGCAGAAAAAAAAAAAUUAUUAAUUGCAUUAUGCUCGAAUGGCCAAUGAUAAUAUCAAUAUUUAUUAAAUGAACAAAAAAAAAUGUCCGAUGAUAAUGAUAAACAACCGGUAGUGAAGAAAAAAAUUCAUUGGCAAUUAAUCGAACGAAGACGUACACAAUCAACAACAAUACGUACUGCUAAUCCAACGGCUGCAUCGGAUGAACUACGAAUGUUUGUUGAAAAAAAUCAAUUAAAAUAUCGUCAUCAACAACCAAAACAUCCGUUGGAUGAUUUUGAAAAUCUUUUCAAUCAAUUAAAUCUAAAUGAUGAUGAUGAAUUAUUGGAUCGUGCCGAACGUCGUGAUUUACCGGCAAAAUUUCAACAAUCAUAUCGUCAAAAUAAUCGGCCAUAUCAACAACAACGACAACAUGUUUAUCAUCUGGAUCAAUCAUCAUCUGUGAUGAAAAGGCCUGCAACAAAACCCAAAACAAUUCCGGUUCGUCGUUCAGCAAUGCCAAACAUUAUAAAGGAUGAUGUUGCCUAUCGUCGUUAUGAUAAAAAUCGUCAACAAAAAGCAUUACCAUUGUGGCCAGAAAAAUCUGGAAAAUCUCAAAAUCAUCAUAAUAGAUCUCAACAGCAGCAACAACAACAACAAAAACAAUCUGAUUCAAUUUGUUAUAUGUUUCUUGAUAAUUAUGAAGAUUGGCUUAAUGAUUCACACAAUUCGGACAAUACAACUGCCAUUCAUCAUCAUCAUCAUGAUGAUAAUGAUUAUGAUAACGAAUAUAUUACGGGAAAAUUAUUACAAAAAAAUCCUGAUCUCAUACAGGAUGAUCUAUUGAAUCGUCGUUUAAAACAAUCAACAGCAUCACGUUCACCAGUAGUGCCACCAUUACCAUUUGGUAUACCAAAUACACCGAUCACAAUGGGUUUACAAACAACUGGAUAUUCGAACGUUGAACUUGAUCAAACAGAAUCACGUAAACAACGAUAUCGUACAAGAGAAUCAUCACCACAUCUAAUCAAUGAUGAUCUUGCAUUUCGAAUGCUUCGCCAUGAUGUUCGUGAUGUUCGUAAAGAAAAACAAUCAUCAUCAUCAUCAAUGAAUUAUUGUCAUAGUCAAAAUUAUUGUGAUAGUCAUAUAAUCAAUAGGUUACCAUAUCGUUCAUCUUCAUUUGCUUUGUCACAAUCAUCGAAUAAUCCAAUAUCAUUGGAAGAAUUACGUAAACAACUUAGACCGAUUGGCGGCAGAGUGAGAUCAUCGAUGUCAUCGGCCACAUCAUCAUCAUCAUCAUCAUCGUCAAAUGUCAUUGAUCAAACAUUUGAAUUUCAAUCUGAUUGUUAGCCAU